UCCAGAGCACUGGCAAGGCCCUGGCACACACACACACCAUGACGAAUGAAGUGCAAGUUUUGCUGGCCCCGCGGAAAGGGGGGCGUCCUCCUGCAGUAAAAGCUGGAGGAAUGCGAAUUUCCAAAAAGCAAGAAAUGGGCAUCUUGGAGAGACACAACAAAAAAGCAGGAUUAGAGAAAUCAAGUGCCAUUGCAAAUGUUGCCAAAAUACAGAUGUUGGAUGCUUUGAAUGACACACUGGACAAGCUCAACCAUAAAUUUCCAGCUACAGUGCACAAGGCACAUCAAAAACCUACACCUGCUCUGGAGAAGGUCGCUCCGCUGAAAAGGAUCUACAUUAUUCAGCAGCCUCGAAAAUGUUAAGCCAGGACAUAAAAUACAGCCGUCUGCCAGCUGCCUCAAGCAUCUGACAGCUUAGCAAAAAGACCAAAACUUCUGUAGGCCUAGUAUACUUGCUUGGUAAAUAAGACAGCUUUUGUAUCUUCCCUUCUGACUUUAGAUAAUAAAGCAUCCCAGACUGUAA